UGACUCACCCAAAGCUCAGCUUUUCUUUUUAAAGCUUUGUCUUCUGAGCUGGGGGAAUUCAUACUUGCUUCUGAAGACGGAGGAUAAGCAAGUAACUCCUCUUUCUUCCACAUAUGGCUUGUUGGAAUCACUUCCUUUUUGGUGGUGUUACCGCCUUCUGGACCAUACUGUGUUUGAAUCACGCCUUUCCAACUGGAGCUCCUGCAUCUGCCUGUGAGAAUAUGUUGCCUCUUCAUACUGGGGUGCAGCCCCAACCUGUUCCUAGUCCCUAUGAAGUUUUGGUUAGUACACCUUCUUUCCAAAACGGGCAGCUGGUUAAUGUUCAGAUCCUUGGUGCUGCAUAUCGAGGUCUGUUGCUGGAGGCACGUUCAUUUAGCUCCACUGCUGUCCUGGGGUUUUGGCAAACUCCCCCGAAUGAUACGAAAUUCUUACAGUGCUCUGGAAACCCACGAGGUGCCAUCACUCACUCCACCACCAACUUAAAAAUGAGUCAGAUCUACUCAUGGCUUCCACCUCCCUCACACUGUCCCCUUGUAGUUGUUUUUGUAGCAACAGUUGCCCAGUCGCAUAACAUCUACUGGACCCACGUCAAAUCCAAAGUGAUCUGGAGAAAUCCGCAAGCUACGUGUGGCGUGGAAGCAAGUGGAACAGAAUUCUCUGCUGCUAUAGUUCUCACCUGCUUGCUACUGAUUUUGCUUAUAUAAUUGUUUUUAAUAAGUCAUAACAAAAGCAGUUGUAUUACGUUGUCUGUAUUUUUAUUGCC